AUGACAGCCCAUACCGACCACCCCAUAGCGACGCCGCCCCGCGCCCCGUCGCCCAUCCAUGGAUUCGGUACGCUAGCCGUGCAUGCGGGAUCGCCGCAUGAUCCCGCGACGGGCGCCGUCAUCGAAGCAAUCUCGCUAUCCACCACGUUCGCCCAAACGGCCGUCGGCAAGCCUGUCGGCGAGUUCGAAUACAGCCGCAGCAGCAACCCCAAUCGGAACAACUUCGAGACCAUGGUGGCUGCCCUCGAGCAUGCCAAGUACGCCCUUGCAUUCUCGUCCGGCAGCGCUGCCACCACCGUUAUCCUGCAGUCCCUGGCUGCCGGCUCCCACGUCAUUUCCGUUUCGGACGUCUACGGCGGCACCCACAGGUACUUCACCCAGGUCGCAAAGGCCCAUGGCGUCAAGGUCACCUUCACGCCCGAGAUCGAGGUCGACAUCCGGGAACACAUCACAGAAUCGACCAAGCUGGUGUGGAUUGAGACGCCCAGCAACCCGACGCUCCGGCUCGUCGACAUCCGCGCCGUCGCGAGUCAGGCGCACGAGCACGGCAUCAUGGUGGUAGUCGACAACACCUUUAUGAGCCCCUACAUCCAGAACCCGCUAGACUACGGCGCCGACAUUGUCGUGCAUAGCGUCACAAAAUACAUCAACGGGCACAGCGACGUGGUCAUGGGCGUGGCGGCCUUCAACAGCGACGACCUCCACAAGCGGCUAUCCUUCCUGCAGAACGCCCUGGGCGCCGUCCCGUCGGCCUUUGACUCGUGGCUGGCCCACCGCGGCGCCAAGACGCUGCACCUGCGCGCCCGCGAGGCCACCACCAACGCCACCGCCGUCGCCCACGCUCUCGAGGCCAGUCCCCACGUCAUCGCCGUCAACUACCCCGGCCUCGACUCCCACCCGCACCGCGCAAUCGCUAAGAAGCAGCACCGCAACGGCAUGGGCGGCGGCAUGCUGUCCUUCCGCAUCCGGGGCGGCCACGCGGCCGCCGAAAGGUUCUGCCAGCUGACCAAGAUCUUCACGCUCGCCGAGUCGCUGGGCGGCGUCGAGUCGCUCUGCGAGGUGCCCAGCAGCAUGACGCACGCGGGUAUCCCGCGGGACCAGCGCGAGGCGGUCGGCGUCUUUGACGAUCUGGUACGCAUCAGCUGCGGUGUCGAGGAUGCUGAGGACCUCAAGAAGGACGUGCUUCAGGCGCUGGAGCGGGCGGUUGCCGAGGCGGAGGGCAAGGUUGGGAAUGGCAUUGAUAGGACGAAUGGGGUUAACGGGUACUAA